CUGUAUCAGUGUUUUAUCAUCUAAUCUACGGUGCGGCGAAUUACUAACCAAGUACCACCCCAUUUACACGAAUAAUCAGCCAUGUCUAGCAGGAGUUAUCAUCAUCUCUUCAAAAUUUUGCUCGUUGGGGACGCAGGGGUCGGCAAAUGCGAUUUGUUGGCUAAAUUUGAGGAAGAUAAACGCCAAGAGGAGCCGUUCGUAUCGACAAUCGGUAUACCCUUCAGGGUACGCGAUGUUCGAGUAGGAGGAAAGACGGUGAGACUACAACUAUGGAACGCCGUCUGGGACGACCUCACCACCUUUACGUCCUCCAAUACCUCCUCUGCCACCACCACAGACGCAACCAGGACCGCCAAGGGCGUCCUUCUAGUAUAUGAUGUCACCCACGAGACCAGCUUCGAGAACACCAGACGGUGGCUCCGGAAGGUGCGGGAUGAGGGUGGCCUGGGCGAGGUGGUGAUAAUGUUACUGGGAACCAAUGCUCACUACCGCGGGGACGACAGACAGGUGACAUGGCAGCGUGGGAAGGAACUGGGAGAUGAGGCUGGUGUGAAAUUUCUGGAGGUGUCUGCUGUUACGGGCACCAACAUGGAGCAAGCACUGCUUACCAUAACGAAGGCCAUCCUAGCUAAGGAUGCCAGUGUCGUCUCCGGCUCUCAAUCACGCGGGUCAUCUUGCUCCCUUCAGUGACCCUCGUCCGUGGCCAAGUCGCUGUGACUUGCACCUUGACUUACCCGUCCAGCGACCAUGACCUGCUUCACCUGCUCGUCCAUUGCCCUUAUAAUGACCACUCCGCCCAGUCAGGUGCAUUAUUCGUCAUGAUAAUACAGUAAUAGUAAUAAUGAAAACACUUGACAAUUAGUUUAUUGCAGAGUGACAGUUUUUUAUUGCAAAUUUUACACUAUUUUUAAAAGGACAGUGCAGGAGCUUCUACACACCAAUACAAUCUAAUAUACUGUAGGACUAGGCAUGUGUCUGUCUGUCUGUCUGUCUGUCUGUUCUGGGCAGCCGAAACGGCACAAUCGUUUUUCAUCAAACUUGG